AUGAAAAUCCUUUAUGGUGUUUUAUUAGUAUGUUUAUUGUUUGUGGUUUCCGCUAGGGAAGGAAUAGAGAAUGAAGGAUAAUCUAUCAAUUAACAAUAAAAUGAUUAUCAAAUAUUCAUUUAUAAUGAUGGAUAAUAAGUAAAGAUUUUUAUGAAAUGCAAAAUUAAAUUUUCGUGUGCACUGAGAAUCACAGAGUUAUCUUCUAAUUUUUCAUAUUUUUAAAUUGAUAUGAUAGAAAAUUAACCUAAAUUUAAUUUAAUUGAGUUUCCUAAUCACUUUAACUGUAUGACUGACUAUUCGUUAAAGUCAGAUAAAGAAUACAAUUAUGUAAUAUUUAGUCCAUCUUCUUUACUCAAUCUUGAGAUUCUCCCUUAAUUCUUUGAUGUUGAUAUUAGCUUAAUAGAAAUAUUGGAAAAUAAUAACUUUGAAUAUAGGCAUCAUUUUUCAAAUAUAUAUUAGUCUCAAAGAGUCUUUAUUUUAACUAACUCAAGUUAAAUUGAAGAUUACAAAGACUUUUAAGACUCAAAAGUUUUUAUUCCAAGAACAAAUACAGAAAAUUAAAAUCCAAGCUAUAUCUAAAGAUUUUUAGCAACUGAUCAAACAGACCUUUUAACACUGGUAAAGAGGGCUCACUCUUUAGUAUUGCUAGUUAUUUGGGGUUUCUUAGUUGAUAUUUCUAUUAUUUGUGUGAGAUACUUCAAGGCAUAAAAGAAGUAUUUACGUUUUCAUGCUUCUACUUUUGCUGUUGGUAACAUAAGUUCUCUAAUUGUUAUAUUCUGCUAGAUUGGUUAAAGAACAAGUUAUAUAAACAAUAUUAGCCAAUAGCCUCAAGAUGAAGUAGCUCAUUUUGCAAUGGGCGUUUGUAUGACUGUCUUAAUCACAUUCUAGCAUCUAAUUGGUUUAAUAUGUAAAUUUAACUUUGAAAAUGAAGAUGGAUCUCAAAAUAUACAUUAUUUAAAGCUUUUACACAAAAUUACUGGAUAUUUGAUUUACCUCCUUGGUAAAGUAAAUGUGAUGGUUGGUGUGAAUAUGUUUGAAAAAAGAUAUUUUGUCUAAUCAGAUAGCACUAACUAUUGGAUGGCUAAAGUAUUAGGAGGUAUAUAUGCCAUAUAAUUUAUUUUAUUAGCAUCAAUAGAAUUUACCUACAGAUAAGAACCUGAAAUUCUAAUUAGAUAAAAGAAAAACACUAAUAAAUAUGCAGAUAUAAAUAAAUAAAAGUAGCAUGCUGAUAUUAUUGAGUUACUUAAUAAUCAUACCCCAGUAAAUAUCAUUAACAAACAAUACCCAAACAUUUUAUAUGUUGUCCACGAGAAUAGUGUCUAUGAUAUUACUGAGAUUUAACAUCCAGGAGGCUAGUUUAUUUUAAAGCACAUCAAAGGUAAAGAAAUAUCUAGAUACUUUAACGGUGGUUACGCUUACGAAGGAACUACUAUGUCACCAUAUAGACACACAUUAUAUGCCUAAAAUUUUUUGAAAGAGUUUUAUAUUGGCGAUAUUAAAAAUGAUUACUAUAACAUUUUUAUUUAGAAUGAAUAAAAUUAAAAGGGACAAGCUUUUUUGCCAAAGAAUGUUUUCAAACUAUCUGAAGUAAGAGAAAUUAUAACUAGCUAUAAAGUAUUCUUAUUCUAACAUGAUUAAUACUAAUUCCGUACUCAUUUGCCUGGUGUAAGAUGGUUUGGAAGAAGUGUUGUGGUGUCACCUCUAUUAGAUGCUGUUAGUAUAUAUCCAAGAAAUUAUAGUGUAGUUUUAGCAUAUAUGGAAGAAAAUUACAAAUAUAGAUUAGAAAUAAUAAGAUAUUUCUAAUACAGGAUGAGAGAUGAAGUAAUAGGAAUAAACAAUAGUUAUGUUGCCCCUAACCCGAAACACAUAAAGGUUUCAAACUAAUUACCUCUUCUUAUAAAAAAAGAAGAUCGUAAAACAUCAAAUGGGUUGUCAAAGUUUAUGCAUCUUAAUGUCCAUAAACUGUAUUACAUAUCAGAGCCAGUGGGUCAUGGUCUCGAGAUUGAUGAAAAUAGUGAUGGAGAGCAUAUAAUUUUUGCUGCUGGUACUGGAAUUUUACCAUUUUUAGAUCUGUUUGAUUAUCUUUUAAGAAAAUUGCUUUAUACUAUUCUUCUUGAGAGAUUUGGGUUCAAAGAAGCCUAAAUAUUAAAUCCCUAUAAUGAAAAUUAUGAGAAAACAUUCCGUUCUUAAUUUAAAAUAAGAUUAUUUGGUGCUUUUAGAUCUAAGGCAGAGUGUUAUGGUUAUUAAAUAAUUAGUGACUUGCACACAUUUUGUUAAUAAUUUGAAAAAGAUUGGUUUUAAGCAGUUGUACGUUUUGCAAACUCAGAAAGCGAUGAAUUCUUACCUAUGUCAAAGUUGUAUUAUGAUAACUUAUAUAUUAAUGAUGCACUUUCAAAGUCUCUUUCUAUAUCUAAAUUUCUUAUUUGUGGUCCUCCAGAAUUCAAUAAAAAUAUCUAUAAUAUACUAACUACAGUAAGGCACAUAGAUCCAGAUAGAGUUCAAAUUGUUUGA